AUACCGACUCCCACGCAGGAAAAAGGAAGCACCUUUUGUCAGAUGCUGCGGCCACUUCCUCUUCAGAAGGCUCCAGCCAGCCUUUCUCUUUGCAGAAUGACGGGGCCGGCGCCGGGCGCCGGACUGCGUGUGCAUCGGGCCUCUGGCUGUCACCGGCUUCCCGGUCCCUGGCCGACCCGUGCCCGGAGCAGGCUGCUCGGCUGCCUUUCGGCCGCUCGGGGCUUCGUCCCUCCUGCAGGCCUGGCCCCCUGAGCCCGGCUCGCCUGGGGUGCACGCAGCCAGCCUCUUGGCCCCCUGGGGCUUCCUCCGUGGCCCCGGCGCCGCCCCCCCAUUCCUCCCACGCACACAGCUUCAUGUCCCUGAGCCAGCCUGCCUGUCUGUUCCUCUCCAUAGCUCGGUCCAGGAGUGUGAUGACCGGCGAGCAGAUGGCUGCCCUCCACCAGCUGUCCGCCCCCAACCCGCUGGAGAGGCCCAUCAAGAUGGGCUGGCUGAAGAAGCAGAGGUCCAUCGUGAAGAACUGGCAGCAGAGGUACUUCGUGCUGAGGGCACAGCAGCUCUUCUUCUACAAGGACGAAGAGGACACGAAGCCGCAGGGUUGCAUGUAUCUACCAGGAAGUACAGUCAAGGAGAUUGCCACGAACCCGGAAGAGGCGGGGAAGUUUGUCUUUGAAGUCAUUCCAGCUGUGUUUGGCCAGCGUUUGGAUGAGACCGUAGCCUAUGAGCAGAAAUUCGGCCCCCACCUGGUGCCCAUCCUGGUGGAGAAGUGUGCAGAGUUCAUCCUCCAGCAUGGUCUGAAUGAAGAGGGCAUCUUCCGACUGCCUGGGCAGGACAACCUGGUGAAGCAGCUCAGAGAUGCUUUUGAUGCUGGGGAGCGGCCCUCCUUUGACAGAGAGACAGACGUGCACACAGUGGCCUCCCUGUUGAAGCUCUACCUCCGUGACCUCCCGGAGCCCGUGGUUCCCUGGAAUCAAUAUGAGGGGUUCCUGCUCUGUGGGCAGCUCAUGAAUGCAGAUGAGGCAAAGGCUCAGCAGGAGUUGGUGAAGCAGCUGUCCAUCCUUCCUCGAGACAACUAUAGCCUCCUGAGCUACAUAUGCAGGUUCCUACAUGAAAUCCAGCUCAACUGUGGUGUUAACAAGAUGAGUGUCGAUAACCUGGCUACCGUGAUUGGUGUGAAUCUCAUCAGGUCGAAGGUCGAAGACCCUGCUGUGAUCAUGAGAGGGACUCCUCAGAUCCAAAGAGUGAUGACCAUGAUGAUCAGAGACCACGAAGUCCUCUUCCCCAAGUCCAAGGAUGCACCCCUGUCGCCCCCUGCUCAGAAAAAUGACCCUAAGAAACCUCCAGUAGCUCGAAGCUCUGUGGGUUGGGAUGCCACUGAAGACCCUCCAAUUUCUAGGACAGAGAGCUUCAGUAAUGUGACCAGCGACUCGGACACAACCAGCCCCACCGGACAACGGCCGAAUGAUGGGUUUCUGGAAGAGAGCAGUAAAGCCCCCAGGGAAAAGCUAGGUGAUUGGAAGCUGCAGUCACGGAAAAGGACUCAGACACUCCCUAAUCGGAAAUGCUUCUUGACAUCAGCGUUUCAAGGUGCCAACAGCAGCAAAGUGGAGAUCUUUAAAAAUGAGUUCUGGUCACCUUCCUCAGAGGUAAAGGCCGGGGAAGGGCACAGGAGAACGAUGUCUCAAGGCGUGCCCCCCUGCCCAGACUCCCAGCGGACUUCCACCUAUGAUAAUGUCCCUGCCCCGCCCCGUACCCCUGGGGAUGAGGCAGCUGCUGACUCUUACCAAGCUUGUGAUUCCAAGAGAGAAACUCUUGCCAGCUCCACCUCUGAAACUGGGCCUGGAAAAAAGAACUCUGGGGAAGAGGAACUUGAAUCCUUGCAGAGGGUGGUCCAGGAGCUGCAAAAGGAAAUAGAAACACAGAAGCAAACGUAUGAGGAACAGAUUAAAAACCUUGAGAAGGAAAAUUAUGAUGUCUGGGCCAAGGUGGUGAGGCUCAAUGAAGAACUGGAGAAGGAGAAGAAGAAAUCUGCAGCCUUGGAAAUCAGCCUCCGCAAUGUGGAGCGCUCCCGGGAGGAUGUUGAGAGGAGGAACAAGGCCCUGGAAGAAGAAGUCAAAGAAUUUGUCAAAUCGAUGAAAGAGCCCAAAGCUGAUGCUUGAGGGUUCCAACCAUACCAUGAAGACAGCCUACAGAGGCUCACCCAACACACUCCCUUUCUCGGUGCUACCUGAUGACUGAGAGGCAAAAUUACUCCCUAGGAGGGAGAAGACACUUGAGGAGAAAUAUCACUUUUCCUGGUGAAAUAAACCAAUGGAAUUGGCAGGAAGAUGAGGGUGAGCAGGGACGUGUGAGGACAUCCAUGACCUCUGUGGCUGUAUUCAAAAGGAUUGCAUUAUUCCACUGUGGUCGCAGGCCAAGUGAAAUGGAACUUUCCAUGCUGGGUGACUAUGUCCAAUGGAGACAUUUGAAACAGGCCACAUCCCAGGACCUGGCAAUAGACUGGCCCCAACCAAGGCUGGACUGAGGCAUUAGUUCUUUUUUUUUCCCCCUCUGGGGAACAAUUCAUCUAAUUAGAUGGCCUCAUGAUGGCCUUGAGACACAGGGACAGAAAAUGACAUUUAGCUUUCUUGUACUCACCUGUGGUGAGCUGGUGAGCUGUGUUUUGGGGGGCUUCACCUGCUGACCAAGGCCCCAUUUUGUACCCCCUUCCAUGAUGCCCACUCUCUAGGGCUGGAAAGUCAAAAUUAUUAUUAGACUAAGACAAAGCGAGCAAUAAACUUUGUAUUUAUGAAGGCAAAA